AUGGAGCCACCAAUCGUUUACUAUCCUCGUUCCGAGUAUAUAGAAACGGAUACGGGUAACAAAGUUAGCCGUAAGUCUGUGAUUUGUGGAAGCCAAAAUAUUAUAUUGGGUGGAAAAACUAUUAUUCAAACUGAUUGUGUUAUUAGAGGAGAUUUAAGACGUACUGGAGGUGGUCAUGCCGUAGUAGUGGCUAUUGGUAGAUAUUGUCUUCUAGCAAAAGGAAGCAUUAUUCGACCUCCGUACAAAACAUACAAAGGGACAUUUAGUUAUUAUCCUAUGAAAAUAGGAGAUCACGUAUCCAUUGGAGAAGGGAGUAUUGUUGAAGCAGCGACAAUAGGUUCAUUCGUGCAUAUUGGCAAGAAUUGUGUUAUUGGAGUAUUUGUUGAUGAAUUGCCGGAAUGUGUUCAGGAUCUUUACGAACUAAAGACAAAGGAUUUCUAUAUCAAAUUUCAACCAAAAGACAGUUGA